AUGACCUCUCCGCGCUUUCGAGCGCGCCCGAUUCUCAAACGAGACUCGUGCCCAGCCCCUCUAGUGGACGUCGACGAGCUCCCCUUCACGACGUGCGACUACAUACUCUCGCCUCACGUCCACUUCCCGCCCACACCCCACAUGACGUCGCUGCGCUUCACUCACUCGCCUAACACCUACGACCGCGCACCGAUCCUCGUCUCUCCCAAUGGCUGCCUCCUGCCGAAGCGCGGAGAGCGAACAUUUUAUUCGCCUCCAGCGGACUUCGACAGCGAACGACGGGGCCGUUCGCGCAGCCGGAGCUCCAGUCGUACGCGCGACGACGAUUCACCGGGGGACGUGAUGGGAAGCUACUUCCACCCGCGCGCAUUCGAAGCCUGCUCCCCGGAACCGCUCGAGGUUCCCACCACAACGUCCGACAACGCUUCCCUACCCAUCCUUGUUCCGGACUUAUCUCCUUCGGAUGAGUCCGAUGACCUCGUCGAGACGCCUCCGGAUCCCAGCGCGAUGGCCGCUGCUUCCAUCGCCAUCCACGCGAAGCCUGCGUUCUCUGCGCCUCCACUUGCGGGCAAGUGCGACGUGCCUACCAACGCUGGGCAUCGCCCACCCCCGCGUUCGCUGAGGCGGCGGAAGGAGAAACCGGAUGGAGUCAGGCCGCAUCUGAAGAGGAACGUGACGUUCGCGCCGGACUUGGAUGAGGGAUGCUUGGGAGGUUUCUGA